AUGAGGGGAGUAAUGCCUCAGUGGGUCUUCGUCAUCCACUCCAGCGUGUCCGGUCGAGAGUGGCUGCUUGGUCUCGUGUCCCGGGACAAGCAGGCGCGCUUGUGGGACGCGGGCGGGAGCGCCCGAGAGAACCAGGACGGCGACCAGGACAGCGACGUGGCAGGCGCGACCGACGCCCUGGACGAGGUGGAGCGCGCCAUCGGCGCGCUGAGAAGGCGGGAGCUCAAGAGGCACGCGUCCGACCCAGAAGGCGGCGCCGCCCUGCACGGGCCGCCGUUUCUGCCGCUGCCCCGCGCCGCCGCGGCUGUCGCCGAGGAACGACACCGGUGGGUCGCCAACUGCAGCAGCAGCGGCCGCAGCAGCGGCCAGCGCCAGCAGCUGCAGCGGUGUUGA